UUUUAAAUAAUAUAUUGUUAUUAUAAUUGUUACGAGUUUCAAUAUCAUACAAUAUUUUUAAUGUGUUUGAAAAAUUUAUUAAUAUGUAUAUCGUAUUGAGAGAUAUCGACUUUGAAAUAAUUAUUCGCGUUAGUGUUCCUUUCUGCGCGAUUCUUUUAGGUCAUGACAGCUUCUGCCUCGUACAUUUCAGUUUUAAACGCAAUGUAUUGAAACUUGAAUCAAUUUAUGUUAGUCAUAUGUAUAUCCUCAAAUUAUCACAAGUGGAACAAUAAUGUACAUUUGUAGAAAGAAAACUAAUAGAAACAAAUAAUUAUUAUAAUCGUGUAGUUUUUUUUAUCUUCAACAAUCGCUGUUCAUUUAAAGUAUAACAUAAUGGACUCACGAACAUUACAAACAAAAGUGAAAAGAAAGGUGGCUAAUUACGGUAAUUGAUGCGCAUCAGAAAUAAGUAUAAAAAAAUUGUUUAUUUACAUGAACUCUCUGUAUUCUUUUUAAGGCUUAAGUUGUAAGAUAAGAUAAAUGUAAAUCUUUCGCGAUAAAUUUUGGUUGCAAAAUAUUCUAUUGACAAUAAAUAUUGCGUGUUUUAAACGUCAUUAUUUAGCGAAGCAUAAUUUUAUAAAAACUUUUUAAACAGAGCGUAGAAGAUUUAAUAACGAUAUAAUAUUUAAAAAGUGUAUAUACUAUAUGUAAUUACUUAUAGUAUACUUAGUCGUUGCAUAAUCUACUUUGUUUACAAAGUAGACUUUGGACUAAAAAUUAUAAUUCCCGUUUAAUUUCUCGGUGUGGAACGAUAUUUUCUUUUUCGCAAAUGACAAGAUAAUAUUCAACAAAUUAAUAUUUUCAUUAAUGUUACCGAUUACGGCCACUGAUUGAUACAGAUAACGUAUAUGUUAUCUGUAUCAAUCAGUCGCUCUUUUCAAAUUUAAUUUUUAUAUUUAUCUAUAAUGAGUGCUUUUUCUAAUGGCAAAAGCGUACUUAUUUGUUUUUUCGUACUAAAGAGUCAUGUUCAUGCGUUUUUAAAGAAAAUUGUACAUCACUGUUUCAUGUUACUGCGUUUAUCUUGCUAGUCCACUAGUCAGCUCAUAUUUUCCACGUGUACAUCUUUUUUAAUCACAAGAAAAAACUUGUAAACGCUUGUCAUCGCAAUUCAGUUCAUUAUUUCGUGCCUGUUGUCAUACUGCAAGGUACAUGAUUACAAUUGAUCGAUGCUCACGCUACCCCGUAUUUUUUCUAGGGGGUAGUUUUGCUCUCUGCGAAAUUGCUAACUAUGCGCGAGGGGAAAUGUACAAGAGUUUAAAGACCUCGUUCUCGUAUUUUCCACGCGGCUCUUUCACCGAUAGCCGAUUCAUUUCCGAACAAGACGGCGCGAGCGGUUCAACCAAGUGACGUUUUGAUGUGAAUCUACAAGACGCUAUGUUGACAAGCACUAUAAGUCCCUCGUUGAAGCUCGGUCUGCGCAUGAUCGGCAUGUGGCCUGACUCUUCGUGUAAAACAUUCUUCUGGCUCUUUUACAUGAUCACCAUCGUCGUCAUGCAAUACUUUCAGUAUUUAUAUUUUUUCGCCCAAUUGGGCACGAAUAAUUUCUCUAAGCUAAUGGACGGCCUGAGCGUUACUCUUGAUUACACCCUGACGUUUCUGAAGCUUCUAAGCCUAUGGCAUAAUCGUCGAAUAUUUUCGGAUAUUUUGAGUGCGAUGAACGACGACUGGAACGACUGCUCCACGGAUUCGCAUGUAUACGUGAUGACGAGCAAGGCCAAUCUAGCGCAUCGGUGCUCCAACGUCAUGCUAGUUCUCAACACUUUGUCCACCUUUUUUUAUUUCAUCGGUAGCUUCCUGAGCCACCGUACGAUCUCCAAGAACGGGGAUCUUCGGGAGUUUCCCAUGCAGGUCCAGUUUCCGUUCGACGCAGCCACCGACUCGCCGAUCUUCGAGCUCAUCGUUCUGGGAUUGUUUCUUCAUGUGUGGGAAACGGCUACCGUGAUCGCGCUGCUGAAUUCUUUGAUCUUGACAUUGGUGCUUCACGUAAGCGGACAGAUCGAUAUCAUGUGUCAAGGACUAAGAGAAAUUUCCACCACGCAAAAACCUCAUCUGUAUGCCAUAAGAUCGCUCAUCGUGAGACAUCAGAGGAUCAUAUCCCUGUCGAACAAUAUCGACAAUUUCUUCUCAUUCGUUGCACUAAUACAGUUCGUAUGGAACACCGUAGUGAUCUGUUCCAUAGGAAUCAUGAUCAUGAUAUCUCUAGGCACGGGUGUGGAGGGUAAAUCUGGAUUAUUAAUUCAAUCCAUCAUUCCGUAUAUCGCUGUUACAUUAGAAGCCUUUGUUUUCUGUUUCGCUGGCGAGUAUCUGAGUACUAAGAGCAAGUCCAUCAGCGAUGCGGCAUACGAUACCAUUUGGUAUGAUCUGUCCAUUAGCGAAUGCCGAAUUUUAUUACUGAUAAUCAUCAGAUCUCAAAAACGAUUGACGAUCACAGCUGGGAAAGUUAUGGAUCUGACUUUGGAAGGUUUUACGACGGAAGCAUAUAUAUACUGUAUCUGAGAAAAUUAUCAUCUUUAGAGGCAAUUCAUUCAUCGAUCCAUUUUCUGACAACCACGUCUUUCGCGAAGUGCACACCAGAUAACCCGUGUUAUAGAUCUGAAUAGAUAGUAACCAAAAGGGGCAAUGUCUGAUGAGUAAUCUGAUGAAUUCGACAGGACUUGCCAUUUUAAGUCCAACAGAGCUUCGUCUGCUUAAGAACGUGAAAUCUGCCAAUCACGUUAAAAUCACCAUUUCUAAACCGUUUAAAUCACUCCUUAUGUAUGCUGGUGGAUAUAGGGUUCUUAUUAUAAAUCUGAAACAAAUAAUUUUUUUAUUUCUG